AUGCCGAAAAAGCGGAAGUCGAUUCGCUGUCCGCCUCCGGCUUCCUCUUCCGCCGCGAAGAAGCGGAAGCCGCCGCCAAAACCGGAAGACGCCGGUUUGCAGCCGUGCACUGAAAUCGAGACGGCAACGAAGCCGAAGCCGAAGCCGAAGCAAUCUAAGGCGGCUGCUUCUUCUUCCUCCGCAAAGAUGAAGCAGCCGGUGGUGGAGCCGAAGCAAUCUAAAGCGGCGGCUUCUUCUUCCUCCGCAAAGCAGAAGCAGCCGGUGGUGAAGCCGAAGCAAUCUAAGGCGGCUGCUUCUUCUUCCUCCGCAAAGAUGAAGCAGCCGGUGGUGGUGGUGGAGGUGGAGGACGAAGAGUCGGCGAUGGAGAGUACCGAGACGGCCGAGAAGGUCUCGGAGUGUAGUGAGAUUGCUUCAAUGGCGGUGGAGAUUAAGCCGAAGUCGAGGAAGUACGUGAAAGAGAGCAAGGAAAACUGUGCGGCGUCAUCGGAGGAGGAAGAGACGAUGUCGGAGGCUAAGUUUCUGGGGGAGCCGGUGGACCCGGAGGAGGCUCGCCGGAGAUGGCCUCAUCGAUAUACUAAGCCGCCGAUUCCGAAGAAGCUACCAUAUGGGGCAAGCAACAACGCAGAUGAUGAUGAGGAGUUUAUUGAGGCUUGUCGACAUUUCUCAAAGGCAGAGGUUGAUGGAUGUGUUUAUGAUCUAUAUGAUGAUGCUCAUGUAAAAGCUGGGAAAAACGAACUGCCAUAUAUUUGCAAAAUUACAGAGAUGUUUGAGGCCGUUGAUGGACUACUUUAUUUUAAUGCUCAAUGGUUCUAUAGAUCGAAAGAUACGGCCAUAGAAGACAGCUACCAUAUUGAUUCAAAGCGUGUCUUCUAUUCAGAAGUUACAAACUACAAUGAGCUCGAAUGUCUUCUUGGAAAAGUCAAUAUUGUUAGAUGCAGUUUAGAUAUUGACCCCGAUGAAAAGUGCAAACUGAUUGAGAGUUGCACUUACUAUUGUGACACAAAAUAUCUGUUGCCUUAUACUACCUUUGUCAAUUUCCCACCUGAAAAUACUCAAGCUGGAAGUGAUAACUCAUCUACAAUUUCCAGUGAGAUUGACAUUAGUAGUUCUCAUGUCGUUAACUCGGAACUUGCACGAACUUCCACUACUAAUGUCAAACCAGAAGCAACCGUACUUGACUUGUAUUCUGGUUGUGGAGGGAUGUCCACUGGCCUAUGCCUUGGGGCAAACCUGGCAGACUUAAAUCUUGUUACGAGAUGGGCAGUGGAUUUGAAUGAACAUGCUUUGAAAAGUCUGAAGAUAAACCAUGAAGAAACUGAGGUCCGGGUAGAAUCUGCUGAUGAGUUUCUCUCGUUACUGAAAAAGUGGAAGGGAAUAUGUGUUCAUUUUAAAGUAGUUGAACCUGAUGGGUCAGAAACACCUUUCAGUGCAUUUACAUCAAAAGAUGCCAAGGAUGAAGAGGAGGAGGAGGAAGAUGCAGAGGCGGAGGAGGAGGAUGAUGCUGAUGGAGAAGUUUAUGAAGUUGAAAAAAUUAUUGGCAUACGUUAUGGAAAAGCCAAAAAUGGAGAAGAGAAUGAAUUGUUGUUUAAGGUUCAAUGGAAAGGAUAUGAAGCUAAGUAUGACACCUGGGAGCCCCUAGAGCUACUAACGGGUUGUGAGGAAAGUAUACGGGAAUUUGUUUCUCAUGUGUACCACUCCAAACUGUUGCCACUGCCUGGUGAUGUGGAUGUUGUGUGUGGUGGUCCUCCAUGUCAAGGAAUUAGCGGUUUCAAUAGGUUUAGAAACUACGAUAAUCCUCUAGAGGAUGAUAAAAACAUGCAGUUAACUGUUUUCAUGGAUAUUGUAGAUUAUCUUAAGCCUAAGUAUGUAUUAAUGGAAAAUGUAGUGGACCUUUUGAAAUUUGCUAAUGGGUUCUUGGGCCGUUAUGCCUUGGGGAGACUUGUUAAAAUGAACUAUCAAGCAAGGAUGGGCAUGAUGUGUGCUGGUGCAUACGGUUUACCUCAAUUCCGUAUGAGAGUAUUCUUAUGGGGGGCCCUUCCCACUGAGAGCUUGCCUCAAUUCCCACUGCCAACUCAUGAUGUGGUGUUUAAGGGUCAGAUCCCUAUUAAAUGGGAGCAAAGCUGUGUUGCUUAUAAUGAAGGCCACAAUCAUCCAUUGGGAAGAAAGCUUUUGUUGGAGGAUGCACUCUCUGAUCUUCCAGAGGUUGAAAAUGGUGAAAUCCGUGAUGAAAUGCCUUAUGGAAAGCUGCCCCAAACAGAGUUCCAAAAAUUUAUUAGACUUAGCAAAGAUGGUUUACUGGAGAAUUCUAAGAAGAAUUUGUCUUUGAAUGAGAUUCUUUACGAUCAUCGUCCUCUUAAAUUGAAUGUUGAUGAUCAUGAACGUGUUUGCCAUGUCCCUAAGGAAAAGGGUGCAAAUUUUAGGAAUCUUCCUGGAGUUCUUGUUGGUGAUUAUAAUAUAGUAUAUUGGGAUCCAACAAUAGAGAGGGUUUAUCUAGAAUCUGGGAAACCUUUGGUCCCUGAUUAUGCAAUGACAUUUGUAAGGGGUACUUCAUCAAAACCCUUUCGUCGUUUAUGGUGGGAUGAGAUUGUAUCCACAGUUGUUACCCGAGCAGAGCCACAUAAUCAGGCGGUUUUGCAUCCUGUACAAGAUCGGGUUUUGAGUGUUCGGGAGAAUGCAAGACUUCAGGGAUUUCCUGACUAUUACAAGCUUUUUGGUCCAAUAAAAGAGAGAUAUAUGCAAGUAGGAAAUGCUGUUGCUGUUCCUGUUUCUCGUGCGUUAGGAUACACAUUGGGUUUGGCUUACAAGGGCCUAGCCGGUGAUGAUCCCCUGACUGAGCUGCCCAAACAUAUUCAUUUACCAGAAGGUUGCCUUGAGGAUGGAGAAUAUGUCCAGAACUGAACUUUUCAGAAACUAAAAAG